ACUUGUACACUCUUUCGACGUUGUUCACAGUUCAACUCUUAUACCGUAUUUUUCUAUUCUGACGAAAACCAGCUUUCUCUUUCUGAAUUUGGAUUUGGAUCCAAAACGACCAACGACGCCGUUGCAGCUCCUCCUCUUCGUCGCAUUCAAUUCCCUCACAUCGUUUUCUAUCGCCGACGAUUCAAGUUACCAUGGCAACGGAGAAGUUAAUGUCCGGCGGCGGCCCCCGCUACUUCCAAAUGAAAUCGGAGCCGCCGUCUUCGCCGCAGUCUCCGGCGGCGGCUGAGAUGUCGUCGGUCCCGUCGUUCCGUCAAAGCUGCGCCGAGGUUAAUCGGAUUUUCGACGAAUUGCCGAAAGCCACCAUCGUCUCCGUUUCUCGUCCCGACGCCGGCGACAUCAGCCCCAUGCAACUCUCUUACACCAUUCAGUUCCAGUACAAACAGUUCAUGUGGGAGCUAGAGAAGAAAGCUCAUCAAGUAUUUAUGUUGCAUUUUACGUUAAAGAAACGUGUCUUUAUUGAGGAAAUUCACGAGAAGCAAGAGCAGGUUAAAGAAUGGCUUCAAAAUCUAGGAAUAGGAGAACAUACUUCUAUGGUGCAAGAUGAUGAUGAAGCUGACGAUGAGACAGUUCCUUUACAUACUGAUGAAAGUGCUAAAGACAGAGAUGUUCCAUCUAGUGCUGCUCUACCAAUUAUACGGCCGGCCUUAGGAAGACAGCACUCUAUUGCAGACAGGGCAAAGAGUGCGAUGCAAGGGUAUCUGAAUCACUUUUUGGGAAAUAUCAAUAUUGUUAACUCUCGAGAGGUUUGCAAGUUUUUGGAGGUAUCAAAGUUAUCUUUUUCUCCUGAAUAUGGCCCUAAGCUCAAGGAAGAAUAUGUGAUGGUGAAGCAUCUGCCUAAAAUUCUAAAGGAUGAUGAUUCCAGAAAGUGUUGUAUGUCUUCCUGUUUUAGUUGUUGCAAUGACAACUGGCAAAAGGUAUGGGCUGUAUUGAAACCUGGAUUCUUGGCGUUGCUGGCUGAUCCUUUUGAUACACAGCCCUUGGACAUUAUUGUUUUUGAUGUACUACCUCCCUCAGAUAGGAAUGGGGAUGGUCGUCUAUCACUAGCAAGUGAAAUGAAGGAACGAAAUCCUUUACGCCAUUCGUUCAAGGUGACUUGUGGAACCCGGAGCAUUAGAAUUAGAGUGAAAAGUACUGGUAAAGUUAAAGAUUGGGUUGCUGGAAUUAAUGAUGCUGGACUCAGGCCUCCUGAAGGCUGGUGUAAUCCUCACCGCUAUGGUUCUUUUGCUCCUCAGAGAGGCUUAAUCGAAGAUGGCAGUCAAGCCCAGUGGUUUGUAGAUGGGCGAGCAGCGUUUGAGGCCAUUGCUUCUUCAAUUGAGGGUGCAAAAUCUGAGAUAUUUAUCUGUGGGUGGUGGCUGUGCCCAGAACUGUAUCUACGGCGACCUUUCCACACUCAUGCUUCAUCAAGGCUUGAUAAUUUGUUGGAAGCAAAAGCUAAGCAAGGGGUUCAGAUUUACAUUUUGCUCUACAAAGAGGUGGCUAUUGCUUUGAAAAUCAACAGUGUUUAUAGCAAGAGAAAGCUUGUUAGCAUUCAUGAGAAUGUGAGAGUAUUACGCUAUCCUGACCACUUUUCUAGUGGCGUUUACCUGUGGUCGCACCAUGAAAAACUUGUCAUUGUUGAUAACUAUAUUUGCUUUAUUGGAGGACUGGAUUUAUGCUUUGGUCGUUAUGACACAUCUGAGCAUAAAGUGGGAGAUUUCCCUCCUGUAAUCUGGCCUGGGAAGGAUUAUUAUAACCCAAGAGAAUCUGAACCAAAUUCAUGGGAAGAUACAAUGAAAGAUGAAUUGGAACGUGAAAAAUAUCCUCGUAUGCCUUGGCAUGAUGUUCAUUGUGCCCUUUGGGGACCACCUUGUCGUGACAUUGCUAGGCACUUUGUUCAGCGAUGGAAUUAUGCCAAGAGGAACAAAGCUCCAUAUGAGCAAGCAAUACCAUUACUUAUGCCUCAGCAUCAUAUGGUUAUUCCACAUUACUUGGGGAGAAGCACAGAGUUUCAGAUUGAAAGCAAGAGCACUGACAAUUAUAGAGUCAUCAAAAGAGAAGAUUCAUUUUCCUCAUCUUCCCAAGACCAAGAUAUUCCUCUACUUUUGCCUCAGGAGCCAAGUGGGUUGGAUACUCCUGAAGGAGACCCAAAAUUGAAUGGCUUAGGCUCCUUUUUACAUCACCUUGACAAGCCAAAAAGGUUUAGCAGUGGUCUUCCAUUCUCAUUCGGGCGGAAGGCCAAAAUUGUAGCUGUUGGUCCAGAUACACCAAUGAAGGGCUUUGUAGAUGAUCUUGACUCUCUGCAUUAUCAUGAGAAAAUGUCUUUGGAUAGAGUGGCUCAUGCUGAUUUACAAAAUACAGAUCCAGAAUGGUGGGAAACACAAGAACGGGGUGAUCAGGUUGGCUUUGCUGAUGAAUCAGGACAAGUAGGUCCUCGUGCUUCUUGCCGUUGUCAGGUUAUUAGGAGUGUAAGUCAGUGGUCUGCCGGAACAAGCCAAACUGAAGAGAGCAUCCACAAUGCUUAUUGCUCUCUUAUUGAGAAAGCUGAAUACUUCAUCUACAUUGAGAAUCAAUUUUUUAUCUCAGGUCUCUCUGGAGAUGAGAUGAUUCGGAAUCGUGUGCUAGAAGCUUUAUACCAACGGAUUAUGCGAGCUUACAAAGACAAAAAAUCUUUCAGGGUUAUAAUUGUCAUACCUCUCCUGCCUGGCUUCCAGGGGGGGCUUGAUGAUAGUGGUGCAGCAUCUGUGAGAGCCAUAAUGCAUUGGCAGUAUCGAACCAUUUGCAGAGGGCAGAAUUCUAUCUUACAUAAUCUUUGUGAACUUCUUGGUUCAAGAAUACAUGACUACAUCUCUUUUUAUGGCCUGAGGUCUUAUGGUAGACUCUCUGAUGGUGGUCCUGUGGCAACCAGCCAGGUGUAUGUUCACAGUAAAAUCAUGAUUGUUGAUGAUUGUAUAAGUUUGAUUGGAUCUGCUAAUAUUAAUGAUAGGAGCUUACUUGGUUCCAGAGAUUCUGAGAUUGGUUUAGUUAUAGAGGACAGAGAGUUGAUUGGUUCUUAUAUGGAUGGAAGGCCUUGGAAAGCAGGAAAAUUUUCUUUGACUCUCCGAUUGGCAUUAUGGUCUGAGCACUUAGGUCUCCCUGCAGGAGAGGUCAAUCAAAUAAUGGACCCAGUUGUUGAGUCUACUUACAAGGAUAUAUGGAUGGCAACAGCUAAGACAAAUACUAUGAUUUACCAGGAUGUCUUUUCUUGCGUACCUAAUGAUCUGAUACAUACCAGACUUGCUUUCAGACAAAGCGUGGCUUUUUGGAAAGAAAAAAUUGGUCACACGACCAUUGAUUUAGGAAUAGCCCCAGAAAAAUUAGAAUCCUAUCUUGAUGGAGGUAUCAAAAACACCGAUCCAUUGGAGAGAUUAGCAUCAUUGAGGGGUCAUCUUGUUUCUUUUCCCUUGGAGUUCAUGUGUCAAGAAAGUCUAAGACCUGCUUUUAAUGAAAGCGAAUACUACGCUACUCAAGUUUUCCAUUGAGUACGAUGUCUGAGUACAUAAAACAUCUUGAAUUUUUCUUUUCUUUUUUUUUAUCAUACUGGGGGGGAUUUGUAAUUUAUUACUUGCAGAAUUUCUUUUUAUUAUAAUUCUGCAAGUGAGGAAGAUUGGGGGAUGAUCUAAUCAUGAUAUUCUUGUAAAGUAUGUAUCUGUAGCUACUCAUUGUAAAAAAAAAAAUCCAUCAGUUUAAUUUUUAUAGAAAGAAAAAGAGUCAUUCAAUAAUAUAUGCUGAGA